AUGUCGACAGAUCAACUCGUCGUUAAGUUACGCUACACUAAAAGCCAGCGCGAAAUGAUUGAGAAGAUUGUGACUAUGGAAAGCAUUGUUGCUCGAGAAGAUGCCACUGGGGCCACUGGGGGCCAAAACAUCAGGAAUGAUAAACAACCCAAUGCACCUACCAAAUUACCCAUGGUCGAAAAAGUGCGAGCUCGUCUCCGCAGUAUUUUAAGACGUGGAGACUGUCAUCCAAGUACUAAAUACAGAGAUUGUAUCUCCCUUCUCGAAGAUACACUUGAGUCUGUGACAGACUCUGUCGCCACAGAGGAUGGAGCAGGAGGUUCGGGUGGUCAGCAACAAAGGUCCGCGAAAGACAAAGAUACCCGGAAAGAGAUUGAAGAUUUACAAAUCAAAAUUGCGAGAUUGUUAGCAGAGAAUGAGAAAUUAGAGGCUACAAACAACGAAUUAAUUUGUGACGUCGACAAGAAUGAGGCUGAGCUUUCAGAACUAAGAGAGGAGGUGGGACGAGUAAGAGAUAAUGAGAGUAAUCUGGAGGAGAUCACCAACAGUUUAGAGACUUCACGCAACUACACGGAUAAAGCUCUCAGUAUCUUGACGUCUCUCAAGAAAAAAGAAAAUACUUACCGCGAGCGCGUUUUUGCAUUGAAGAAGGAACUGCAGAUGUGCAGAGCAGAGAGAGACGAGGCUCUGGCAAAUUUGGACAGUCAAACCGAGAGCUUUGAGAAUGAACAUAAGACCUUGGUUGAUGAGAACACGAAGCUGGAGGCGACACUAACAGGUUUCAAGAGGAAAUUGGAUUGUGUAAUGGAGGGUGUGGAGGGUGUGGAGGAUGCUACUUCUCAUAAAAAAAGGUAG